GAUGUGUAAGUCGAGCUUCGCCGCAGGCGGCCCUGGGUCUCCGCUUUCAGACUCGGGGUCCCGAAGUGGGGUGCGCUGCCCCGGCGCUGCUAACCCCGGGAACAGAGUGGGGACCCCCACCUCCAGUCCAGCGCCCGCAGGCCAGGCCGCUCCGCCCAGGGAGGCUGAGGAGUACGCGAGGCCCACGGCCGGGGGGGCACUCGUGCGCUCCGAGCGCGGCCGGUGGCCAGCCCCGCGGCGGGUUCAAGUGCAUGCCCGUGGUUGGAGCCCGAGGCUCUGCGAGCGAAUUCUCCCCCGCUCAGCCCCCUCUCCGGAGUUCAGUGUGCCCCGCCGCUCCCGGGACCCCUCUCCCGGCCCUCCCAGCCGCGCUGAGCCGCCGAGCUGGGGCCCGAACCCGGGCGCCUUCCUUCCCGGCCCCGGCCCCGACCCACGGCGUGGGGCUUCCCAAGAGCAACGCGGAGGCUCCGCCUGGAAAAGAAGUCCGACUUCCUCUCCACCCUGCUCUGCUGCAAUCUGGAUUCGGCAGGAAAUGGCUCGAACACCCACCCCGCGCGUUUGCAGUCAGCCUUCGCUUUGCUGAAGGGAAACAGCUCCCACCAAAGUCUUGCCACCCCCUCCCCUCCCGAAAGACCCGCGCAGGAGAUCAAAGGAAAGAUGUACCAAGGAGGACAGAAGGAACUAGGAAAGGAUUCUCCAGAAGAGACUCAGAAACUGAAAAACUGGCACUGAAGUUUGACUUGGUGGCAUUUAGCAUACAAACAUCGGAAUGCUAGCAAAACGAAUUUUUGGAUGCAGGCCAUGUGCAAGAGAAGAAACGAGGAACCACAUAUUAAGGAUGGAUUAUAUAUUCUGUUGCCUCCCAGAAGUCCUCUGCUGUGCUGCCCUGGGUAAGAAAGUGAUGAGUGACUGUUACUGAUUACAAUGCAGAUCCUGUUUUCACUGGGUCCUUUCUGUUUGGCUGUCAGAAAGGAUUCACGCCCACCUGGUUUUAUCAGCUUACUGCAUGGUACCAGCAGGAAUGAUGGUUUUCCUGCCAGAAUCGCUCCACUGGGAGACCCAGAUUCUUUGGGCACAGUGAAGGCUCAAGACUGCACAGAAUGAGAAUCCUCAACAAAAUCGAGCUGUGUCUGGAGCCAGGAGCCAUAUUCUUUGUCCUUGCCUCAGGCUGUGGGUUUAAGAGGAGCCACACCCAGGAGCUGCUUCCCAAUUUAAGGAUGUAUGUUGGAAGUUUUGAGGAUUCCUCAAGACUAUCAAAGCAAUACUUCGUGGGGUGGAGGAGAGGAUAAAGAGUAACGGUUGGGUGGAGGGCAUCCUGUGAGUGCUGACUUGGUAGAUGCUACAAACGAUUGGAUUUUUAGAUUUCUAGAAGAAAAGGGGUAAUCUGAAAACAGAAUCAAACAAGUCUCAUAUAGUGGAGGAAGAUCACUGAGUUGGGGUUGCUAGACUGAAGUCUAAUGACAUACUCAAAAAAUAUUCAGAGCUGUAGGUUUCUUCCAUCUAUGACUCUGGGUGAUGAAGUCCGAGCUUCCUCUUCUUGAAGGUGCGAUGAUGUAUGCACAAAGUAAAAGAAGGUACAUAUGCAAGAUUUCUAUCUUCUCACCGCGCCCCCCACCCCUUUACUCUGAGCUCCUAGAAGCCAGGAUCUUGCAUCUCUAUACCCAGAGGGCCCUCUAGAUAGUGGGCAGACACUUAGAUUGCAUGAUUGGUUAUGCUGAUGAUUGGCUGGUUGGCCCUGAGAAAGCAAGUUGUGACUGGAGGUGUUGAGAGGAGCCAGCAGGAGAAAGCAGGUGCUGGAAGGCAACACCAGCUUGGAGCACCCAAGUGAGAAGUGGGGCCCUUCGAAGCUCCUGCUGUCUGCGGCUAUCGAGAAGAGAACAUUUAGAUCGGGAGAGGGAAUGGCCUACAGGAUUCCUGUCCUGGUCUUUAUCCGACAGAGACUUGUGGGAAAAGGUCCCAGCUCUCGAUGCUGUGAAGCAAGAAAGGCAGGUGGCAUCAGUUAGGCCGUUCUGCUCAGUGCGGCUGAGCGUGAUGGAUGGCUCCGCGCGCUGUUUAUCUGGUGCGGGUUGGUAUUUCACCUCUGUUUUCAUUAGACUGAUGGUAAGGUAAUAAUUCUUUCCUCUGGCUGAAAAAUCUGUCUUCAGCCAUUUGUUGGUCUUCUUGAUCGGGCCCCUCAGGUGCACAGAAGUCACCCUAAAGGAGAUUUUGAACGAAAACGUAAAUAAUGCCGGUCGGCGUCCGAGGAGCUCUCCAGCAACACAGGCAUCUGUGAGACUCGCUGUGGCGGUCAGGUGCACAGAGCCCCAUUUACUCAAAGAGAACCGCCUCAAAAAAUGGCCAGAGGUAACCACACCUGCAGGGAACAAAGAGCCAAUGUCAGGCUUUUGUCUCUUGAAAAUUUCAAGCUUAUUUGCAAGUUAAAUGAAGGCAGGGCAGUCUUCCCGCCCUCCAGGGGUUUCCAGGAAGCUGUGAGUUGCGGUGGGAAGUGCUCCAGGCUGGGAUUCAGAAAUCUCUCCACUGGUUCUCCCCACCGGCAGCUGUCUUCCUAUCUCUGCGACUCAAGUUUCUUCAUCUCUCAAACAAGUAAUAGUAUAUGCGAUGGGUUUUAAUCGAAAGGUCUUAUCAAGAUAAUGUAGUUUUUUAUUUUUCUCCAAGGCUAGUAGGAACACACUGGAAACAAUGACGGAGGCAAGGCGCAUCAAUGGGCUGCUGCGCUGUAGCCCCUCCCCAUUCCUAGCCACUUUGAUGAGGAGCCCAGAAGGCAAGAGGAAGGUAUUAGCUCAGUCAGCAUUGGUCAAGGAAGCCAUCUUCCCCACAACGGACAGGAUGGGUCCUUCCAAGCAGCAUUCUGGGUUUGCCAGCUGGUGAGCAGGUGAUGGGACCACACAGAAUGUGUGAAGCUGCUCCAUCAGCAGGGAUCAGCUGAAAAGUUGCAUCCCUCAGUAGGUCGUAGUCAGGUCAUCGGGAGACAUAGUUGGCAUCUUGUACUGCCCGGUCUCCUCUCAGGUCCUCCACUCACAAUGAGGGUCCCUUCCAUCCCAUCAACCUGGGGAUAGCCCACCCAUCUUUUCUGUAUUGUCGACCACUUAGCUUGAUAAAUGGUUCUUUUUUACUAUAACUACGGUGAACAUAUAUCCUGAUUUGCCCUGAAUAGUCCGGUUUAUGCUUUUUGUGCCAGAGUAAAUAUUAGAGCACUCCCAUUAACUUUUUUU